CAACGCAAAAUGAUCCUCACAACCUGCGCCGCCUGCGCCGCCCCACUGGCCUACGACGCGCCGCGAUGUGUGCGCUGUAAGGUCAGGUAUUUACAUUUGCUUGGGUCAGCUUCUUGGGAGGUCGAAACCCCUAUCGCCAGCUUAAGACCCACCCUCUGGUUCGCACCGUGCCCGUCCUCCGGAGAGCGGCUAGGCGGUCCCCCUCAAGAGCACCCCAAAAGAGGAAUUUAAUACAGCACCACGGCCAGCCCCGGCGGGAGAAAGGAAGUUCAAAACACCGGAAAGAACCUGAGAGGGGCAGCGUCGCAACCUGGUCCUGCGCGCGCGGGGUUGGGGAGGGGCUGGUGGGUGAGAGCGCGUUGGCCAUGGCAACCCGAAUUUUGUGCUUUUGGAAAAAUUUUUGUCGCCUUCGGCAUAUAAGUCCCGGACGUAACACGUUCUCCGGUCCCUGAGGAACUAGAACAACGAAUCCGCCACGAGAACCUUUGAAGAUGAACUUGUUCAGGACGGCAGGAAAUGGCGGCGCGGCGCGUCUGACAACGUCUCGCAUUCGAAACUUGCUCCGCAAGCCCAAACGGCAAGCGGCGUCCGACCUCCAGCCAUACGCCUGGGCGAAGCUGACAACGUCCCUCUUUCGCGACUUGCUCCGAAGGUCCAUAUGACCGACGGCGUCCGCAUAUCUCAGCCCAAACCAUCCCUAAGAGCGCGGAGCACGGACGGCAGCAACGGAGCACGGACGGCAGCAAACGGGGUGUAAACGACGAAGAAGAAAUCAGAGCAGCAGCAUUAGAAUCACAGGCUUCGAACGUGGCGGAACCACCAGGCUGGGAGCCCGGGUAUGCGCGUCGUUCGUCGCCAAGAGCGUCCAGAUAUUUACAUUUGCUUGGGUCAGCUUCUUGGGAGGUCGAAACCCCUAUCGCCAGCUUAAGACCCACCCUCUGGUUCGCACCGUGCCCGUCCUCCGGAGAGCGGCUAGGCGGUCCCCCUCAAGAGCACCCCAAAAGAGGAAUUUAAUACAGCACCACGGCCAGCCCCGGCGGGAGAAAGGAAGUUCAAAACACCGGAAAGAACCUGAGAGGGGCAGCGUCGCAACCUGGUCCUGCGCGCGCGGGGUUGGGGAGGGGCUGGUGGGUGAGAGCGCGUUGGCCAUGGCAACCCGAAUUUUGUGCUUUUGGAAAAAUGGUCAGGUAUUGUGACUCGACGUGCCAACAUGACCACUGGCGCCGCGGCCACAAGCAGAUGUGUAAGAAAAUACACCGCGGCGGCAACGCAGAACAGUAUAAUGCCGACAAAAAAUACAAGGAGGCCGUCGCGGUCGCGGUCGAGAAAUGCGCGGCGGACACAAAAGGUCAGACGUGCUACAUCUGCACGCAGGCCCUGCAUUGGAAGACGAAGGAGGGCCUCGUGCGCAUGUGUGCGUGCCGCGGGACGGCGGGGUUCGCGCAUGUUUCUUGUCUGGCGGAGCAGGCGAAGAUUUUGGUCGCGGAGGCGGAAGAGAACAAUUUGGGCAACAAGACGUUUGAUGAGAGGUGGGCGCGGUGGUACGCGUGCAGCCUGUGCGAGCAAUGGUACCACGGCGUCGUGGCGUGUGCGCUCGGGUGGGCGUGCUGGAAGACGUACGUGGGCCGGCCGGAGGAGCACAGGCGGAUCAUGGCGAUGAGCAUGCUCGGGACCGGUUUAUCCCAGGUAGAAAACUACGAGGACGCGUUGUCCGUGCGGGAGGCUACUUUGUCUAUGAUGCGGCGUGUCGGCGCAUCAGAAGAGUACAUCCUCGCAGCGCAGUGUAAUCUUGCGAACUCGUAUCUAGAACUUGGACGGAACGAGGAUUCUUUAAUUAUGCGGCAGGAAAUAUACUCUGGAAAUUUGAAGCUCUACGGAGAAGAACAUAGAUCGACCAUCCUAGCAGCCAACAACUACGCGGAGUCCCUUCGUUUGCUGAAGCGCUUCGGAGAAGCCAAGCCACUGCUGCGCAGAACAAUACCCGUGAUACGACGCGUUCUUGGAGAGGAUAACGACCUCACGUUCAAGAUGAGGUGGAGUUACGCGGAGACGCUCUUCCGGGACGACAACGCCACGCUCGGCGAUCUCCGCGAGGCCGUGGAAACGCUAGAGGAGGCAGCACGAACCGCGCGGCGCGUGCUCGGCGGAGCGCAUCCGGUCACGGAAGGGAUUGAAAAGUCCCUACGAGACGCCCGAGCCGCGCUC